GUCGCCGAAAGGAAGUGUGUCAGGCCCUGCCACGCUGCACGUCGGUGCGCCUACUAGAACAAACCGAAGCCACGAUUAGACUGCCAACUCUUGACAGACCAUCACUUGACCCCGUUCCGACCAAAAAGAUAGCUUUCCGCUUAUCGCUUCCACUCUUUUCUUCAAGUGACCAUCGCCAACUCGUCGCGUCUCCGCCAUGGAGUACGUUGGAAGCACACUCUUUGCCUGGCUGCUACUUGUAGUCCUUGUCGUAUACUCACGGUCGCCCUCGUCUCAUUUACCUCCGGGUCCGAAGGGCCUUCCCCUUAUUGGUAAUAUCUUCGACCUGUCAUUGAAAGAACUAUGGCUCAGCCUCGAAAAAUGGGCCAGAGAAUACGGUGACAUAGUGUAUAUACACGUUUUCGGCACGGGGCUGGUUUUCCUGAACGACGCGGAAGUAGCUGUAGAUCUUAUGGAUAGGAAAGGUAGCAUCUACUCCGAUCGGCCUCACCUGGUUAUGGCGGGCGAACUGUGCGGCGGUUACAACAUUAUGUCCUUCACGGGCUACAAUGAUCAAUUCCGUCGGCAGCGGAGGCUCAUGCAGCGCGCGCUGACCCCGCUGGUGAUCAAGAACUACCACCCUCUCCUCGAGAUGGAGACCAUCCCUUUCCUAAAGCGCCUCCUCAGCAAGCCCACGAGCUACGUGGAUCAUAUCCGGAGAUACGCCGGUACCUUGACGCUCAACGUUAUCUACGGACACCAGGUCACGUCGGAUGACGACCGCUGUCUCAAAAUCGCGGAAGCUUGCGCGGAUGUGCUCGCCAACGACAUUGCCGGCGGCGGUUUCCUCUGGCUCGUUGACGUUCUGCCGUUCCUGCGGCACUUGCCGAUGUGGGCGCCUGGCUCGGGGUUCAAGCACAAGGCGAUCAAGUGGAAAGCGCAGCUUACGGAAUUCGCGACCGUGCCUUACGAUGAGUUCAAAGAGAAUAUGGCAAACGGAACUGCUAAGACCUGCUAUUGCUCCACUCUGGUUGAGGCCGCUGGCAAAUCGAUCACGGAACAGGACGAGUUUGAUAUCAAAUACUCUGCAAACACCAUGUACUCUGCGAGUUUGGACACGACCAUUACCGUCGUGACCUCUUUCAUGCUAUGCAUGGUGUUGAACCCCGAAGUGCGUAUCAAGGCGCAGGAAGAGAUCGACCGGGUCGUGGGCAAGGACCGGUUACCCAACUUCACCGACCGUCCGAACCUCCCGUACAUGGAAUGCGUCCUGAGCGAAGUCUUCAGAUGGACCUCGCCCGUACCGUACGCGUUGCCACACCGCCUGAUGGAAGACGACACGUACCGCGACUACUUCAUUCCCAAGGGCUCAUUCGUGUUUGCCAAUAUCUGGAACAUGUGCCGCGAUGAGCGAAUGUACCCGGACGCGCACGCGUUCGUGCCUGAGCGGUUCGCGCAGCCGGCCGACGAGGAGACCAAGAAGAAGCGCGACCCCAAGAACUUCGUCUUCGGGUUCGGGCGGCGGCGGUGCCCGGGGAUGUACCUGGCGGAGCAGUCGACGUGGCUGCUGAUCACGUCGAUGCUCGCGGCGCUCGACAUCCAGAAGGCGGUCGAUGAGAAAGGGAACGUCAUUGAGCCCGAAGUGCGGUAUGAGAAUAGCGUCUUCCGGAUGCCGGCGCCCUUCAAGAUGGACAUCCGACCGCGGGAGCACGCGCGCAAGCUCAUGAACCUGUAACCAUCCCCUUUUUUUCUUUUCUUUUCUUCCAUCCUUCUCGCCCUUUGGAUAUUAGGGAACACACUCGCUCGGACUAAUAAGGAAUUUUCUGAUUACUGC